UAUAAAAGGACGACAUAACGAUGGAGACGGGAUCAGUUGCAAAUUCUGUGCGAAAUUAUUUAGAAGUAAAGAAUAAAGAUUAAAAUGAAGACGAUUUUUGUAGGAGUUGUGAUAAGUUGCAUAAUUGUGGGACAUGCUCAGGAUCUGAGUAGUUCGUCGGGAGAGGGAAGAUAUCUAGAGAGGGUGAAACGACAAGGAUGGGGUGGAGGCGGUGCAGGAUACGGGGGUGGUGGUGGAUUUCCCAUUGGUGGGGGUGGUUACAGUGGGGGUAAAGGAUUCGGCGGAGGCGGUGGUUACGACCAGAAAGGCUUUGGCGGCGGGGGUUUCGGCGGACAAGGUGGAUACGCUGGAGGAGGUAAAGGUGGCGGGUUUGGGGGAGGUGGAUUCGGCGGUAGUGGCGGGGGCUAUGAUCAAAAAGGAUUUGGCGGUGGCGGCUUUGGAGGCCAGGGAGGAUAUGGUGGGGGCAACUUUGGCGGGGGUGGAGGUGGUUUCGACAAGGGAGGAUUUGGCGGUGGGGGAGGAUAUGGGAGAUAAUUCAGUCGGUUAAUUUUUUGCACGCGUUAAUUAAUAAAGUCAUGAAUAAAUAAAUGUUUUAUAAUUUUGGGCAUCCAAUUUGGCAGCAUAUGUAAACUUGAAGAUAUGUAUUUGCAUAAUACUCCCAAAGUGAAAUUACCAGAACCAUAUAAACCUCAGCAGAUGUAAAUGAAUAAACGAUCAGAAUUCCAUGCGA